AUGUGUGUCGGCAAGUGCCUCCAUGACCCAGCAGCUGCUGUCGAGCCCAGCCCCGCGGCCCCGACCCUACCGCAUCUGCAACUGGGACCGCAGCCUGCGCAAGGGUGUCAUGGCACAGAGCCUCGCCGAGCUGCUGCGCCAGGCUCAGAGCGUCCUGCUCGCCCCGGGUCCCGUCUCGCUGGUGCUGGAUGAGGACGGCACCGCGGUGGAGACAGAGGCUUUCUUCCGGACGCUGGAGGAGGGCACGGUGCUGAUGGCCCUGAGCAAGGGGCAGACCUGGGCUGCCUCCAAG